CAAUACUUCUUUCAGACAGCAAAGGCAGUUAUAUACAUUAAAAAUUUUCAUUACUUUAACAGACAUGGUGUGAAUUUUGAAUUUGUAUAUCGUGGCGGAGCUAGACUUAGAGAUCAAUACCAGAGGUUACUUAGAAAUUUGCAUAAAAAGGUUAACUUUUAUGGUUCUGUCACACUUUAUGUGUGGUUAGGUACUUGUGACCUCACAUGUAAGGAUUUUAGAUCUCUGUUGCGGGAAAUUAGAAAAGUAGAACAAAAAGAGUUAGUUAGUGUUAGUAGUUCUAGUUCUACUAAGCCUAAGGUAGUUCAGCAGCAUAGUAGUCAAGUUGAGGCUAAUCAAGUUGAAACUCAGACUGAUUCUAAUGCUCUUGUUUUGAAACAGCUUCAAGAGCUCAUGAGUAGAAUGAAAACUCUGGAGAGUAAAAUGGAGUCUUCCAUAGCAAGUAACGCAAACUCUCAAUCGUCCGGUGCAAGGAACUCAAAUGAGCAAUAUUCAGGUAAUUUUCCUGGUAACUGUAGGGGUAGAUUUAAUAACCCUAGUCAAGCAAGAGGUCGAGGUAGAGGUUAUGGUAGAUAUUUUAGGAGAGAUUUUAAUAGAGGUAAUGUCAGGGACCGAGGUAAUGCUCCUAUUAAUCAGCAGAACAAACAACCUGAUAAUUUAAACAGGUAA